AUGACACGGAAAGUUGAAUUGAAGAAGUCAAGAAGUCAUACCAGAGACUCUCAAGAGUCCUCGGACCCUGAGGUUAACAGGUUUGAUGAGGAGAUGGCGGACGCAGACUUUGACACUGAUGACCGGGAGGAGGAGAACGCAGUCCUGUCCAGGCUUGCGGGGAAUUACAGACGGUUUUCAGAGUCUCAGAACAGAAUACGACAGGAGGAGUCUGGAGAAGACGACUACUCUCAUGACCACUACGGUUAUGACGAGGAGUCAGAAGCCCAGGAAGACGAUGAGGACCUAAUGCGCUCGCUCCAUGGGGUUUUGGGCGCUAACAGAAGCAGGACAGGUGCGCCUUUACAGCUCUCUUUGGCCAAUGCCUUAGGCAGCUCUUCUCGUCCGGACGAGUCGCGCGGCAACACAAGGGGCAACGCCGAGGAAAAUGACGGGAAUCAACAAGAUGCUGAAUUUGGCAUGUUUAGGAGCGCGUUGGGGAGAAUGUUCCCAGGAGCAGGGUUCGGCGAAAUGUUUGGAGGCGUCACCCGUAUUUCGGAGCUGGCAAAUGCUUUAAAAGAACAUGAGGAUCCAUAUAUGGUGUUGGAGACACUCAACGAAUUAUCUGAGCGGCUGCUAAUGAUUAACGGGAUUUUAGCGGAACGAAACCUUCCCACUUACAGACUGGCACAAGCAAUCGUCUCGGUGAUUGAGAAUCCUCUAUACCAGGAAGACCUGGAAGUGCAACUUGUCUCCUGUCGGUGCCUAUACAAUUUACUCGAGGUGAACGUCGACGCAGUACAUGAUGCUGUUGCCGCAGGAGCAAUCGAAGCUCUGCAGUCAAAGCUUUUGGAAAUCAGCUACAUCGAUCUGGCGGAGCAGGCUCUACAGACUCUUGAAAUGAUUUCGCGUGACUGUGGCAGAGACAUACUGAUGAAAAACUGUCUACCAGCGUGUCUCAUGUACUUGGACUUUUUCACUAUACAUGCCCAACGAAAGGCCCUUUCCAUCGCAGCAAACUCACUAAAAUAUGUGCCAAAAUCCAAGUUUGACGAUGUACGUGAAGUUUUCCCCAUCAUCGAGCGUGUUGCCAUUGAAUACUCAGACUCUACAAGUGUGGAAAGCGCGUGGCUAGCCAUAUCGAGAGUUGUGAAAAGCUUCGAAAAGGAACCAUCUUUAUUAGAGUCUUUGAUCAGUGAGAACUUACUCAAGAAAUUACUCACUCUUCUCCCAAGCUGUCUAGGUAAAGGCUCACAUUCCAACAACUUGAUCAGUUUCAACUCCUGUUUAAAACUCAUUCAGUCUCUUUCGAUUAUUGCCAAUUCGUCUCCGAAACUAUCACUAUUGCUUUUGGAGAAUGGGGAAUUAGGCCGAAUGAUCUUGACUUCAUUGGCAGGAUUUGACCGCAACACAAGUGACACGGCUCCAGAGUCUUCCGCACCUCAAGUUUCUGUCGAGGCUUUGAUGGCCACUCCAAAAGAGCUGAUUCUGGCUAUGAUCAACCUCAUUGCGCCAAUUCUUCCAUUUGGGGAACCAGACGGUGACGCACAAGGCAAGAUGGACGUCGGAAAUUUUCGUGGGACCAACCACUCUCAAGACCGGAUAGAAAUGAAUAAGACAAGGCUGUCACUCUAUAAAGACGGUGAUAAUAUUGGCAAAUUUGAGACAUUUGUUAGCGACAUGCUUCCAUUGAUGAUAAACAUCUACACAUCAACUGUGGAUUAUAAAGUUAGACGUUUGGUGUUACUUUGCAUGCUUCGCGUGGUGUACGCAUCCACGAAGUCUCAGCUGGCGAAUCUUGUUCAAAGCUGCAAUGCAACAUCAUUAUUAGCAUCAAUUGUUAUUCAUGGUAUCCACGUAUUAAGGAAAAGCGGCCAAUCUCGUUCAUCCACGUUUGAGAUGAGACCUUAUGUGUUGAUGUACGGAGCAUUGACAAUUACGGAUAUUCUUCUGCUCAAAGCGCCAGAGGUGUUUGUGGCAGAGUUCGAACGGGAAGGACUCAUAACGCACACUCAACAUUUUAUGAACGAUCUUGAUCAGGAUGAAAGAAUGGUUAAGGCUUUGGAAAGACAGGAGGAUUACAUGGACGAAGACAAAAGCGAGGACGAGAGACCGAAAAUCAGCUCCGAUGAAAGAACUCAGGAAGAAGACCCGCACAAUGAUGAAGAGAACAGCGAGGAUGAAUCAAACGAAGACGAGGAAGAACCUGCAGAUGCCCAAAGUGACGACGAAGAGCUGUCAACCCGUUUGUCCACACGUUUUGUUCGUGAUUAUACGUUAGAUAGUGACGGCACUUCUUCGAUCACAAUGGAGUCCCUACUACUAGAGCUGGCCAGAUUGUGCAAAAUUUUUGAGCGAGAUUACAAGGCUUUAAAACAGACAACGCCAGUUUUCAGCUCUUCCCAGGCCAUAAUGCUGACCGAGAUGAAAUCCAUUUUCGACAACAGCCUUAGCUUGAGUUAUCAAGAAUGGGCGGACGUUUGGCGCAGGUUCGCAGAAACCUGUGGAUUUCUGAACAGCGAACGGCACAUUUCAAGCUUUGAGCUGAUUGCUUCUGGUAUGAUUGCGUCUCUUUCAGACCUCUUCCGUCGAGAGCUGGCGGAAGAAAAUUCAAAUUGCGUGAAGGCAUUCCAGGAUCUGAUUUGUUCAAGUUUCAGUCCUUUGGGAAACGGUGAACAUCUUCCGCUGGUGUAUUUUGUCAAAAAGCUAGAAGAAGCUUUGAGCAGGACAGAGUCUUUUGAGAUCAUCAGCUCGGGAGCUAACUGCUAUGCAUCUGGCGUAAGCGGCCCUGCCUCUUCAAUGGCGAAACAGAUUAAAAUAAAACUUAUUCCCGAGGACCCAGAGCAUGGUGGGAGACAGCUCAUGCUUAUGGUCCAUGCUAUUGCCACGUUCAAAUCAAUCAACGGCUUUUUGAAACAAAGAGCAGAUGGAAUGAGAGGUCUAAUGAGGGCCAUAACCAUGCCAGCGCAGUCUGCAGAGGGGGAAGCACCUUAUCAUAUUGAAUUCUCGAUAAAUGGCGAGGUCAUCCCGCACGGAACGACCAUUUACGGCGCCAUUUACCGUUCUUUCCAAAAUGAAUCAAAUGAUAUCGUGCCCUCACGGAAGAUCUGGACCAGUGUCCCUCAUGAAGUCCAUUAUCGUAGGGUGGAGGGUGAGUUGCCGGUAUAUGAGGAGGAUCUUUAUCCAACUGAGGGAUCUGAAGAUUCUUUGGAGUCUUUGGGCGACAUAUCUACUGCCCAAAUUCUGGAACUUCUACAAAUGUUGUACACAGUUAACAGUGCCACUCAUCACCCCGGAGCCACGGAGACACUAUUUUUGAACUACAAACUCACUGCAAAACUGAAUCGCCAAUUGGAAGAGCCUUUGAUUGUGGCUAGCGGAACGCUGCCCGACUGGAGCGUGCACAUCACUCGACAAAUGCCGUUCUUGUUCCCGUUGGAUACAAGAGUCUUCUUUUUGCAAUCGACCUCUUUUGGAUACUCUAGACUCAUCAAUUUGUGGCAAACUCGGUCCAAUCAAGAUGAAGAAGCGUCUGGAUCUGGAGGAAACAGCGCUUCACAACUGGGACGCCCUGUUAGACACAAGCUGCGUUUGUCCAGGAAGAAGCUUUUGCAAGGCGCCAUCAAGGUAAUGGACUGCUACGGCACGAUACCGGGAGUUUUGGAGAUUGAGUAUUUCGACGAAGCUGGAACUGGUUUGGGGCCUACGUUGGAGUUCUACGCCAACGUAUCGAAAGAAUUUGCAAAAGCUAAGCUGAAAAUGUGGAGGACGAACGGCCGCACUUAUUCCGAUUCUGCCUCCUCAUCUGAUUCCGACAGCGAAUAUGUGAAAUUUGAAACAGGACUUUUCCCUCGACCAAGUGCCAAACCAAGUUCAAAAGUACUGCAUCUAUUCUCCGUCUUGGGAAAGUUCGUUGCUCGCUCGCUGUUAGAUUCGCGGAUCAUCGACUUUGAGUUCAACCCGCUAUUUUUCGAGAUUGCCAAAGAAUUGGACACCAAGAGCUGGAAAGAGUUGUCUAGGAAAAAAUCCAUUGAACGCCUGAGCAGGGUCGAUGCCGACCUUGCUAAAUCUCUCGGUCAUCUAACCAGGUAUUUGGACGCUUAUGCCGAGGUUGAGGAGUCAGAAAGGCCCGAAAUCUUGAUUGAAGGCUGCAAGUUGAGCGACUUGUCUCUUAAUUUCACGUUGCCGGGCUACGAGGACGUCGAAUUGUGUUUGAACGGAGAAGAAGUGGAAGUUGACCACACGAAUUUGGAACGAUACGUGGACAAAGUGAUUGACCUUACCAUCAAAUCUGGCGUGCGGUCCCAGAUCCACUCUUUUGUGCAAGGCUUUUCUGCUGUCUUCCCCUACUCAUCCAUGACCAUUUUCUCCUCAGCUGAGCUUGUGAAGCUGCUUGGAAACGGUGAAGAAGACUGGUCCUACGAAACAUUGGCAGGUGUCAUCCACGCGGAUCACGGCUACAGUAUGGAUUCGCCAAGCGUGCAGCGUCUGAUGGAGAUCAUGAGCGAGUUCACCGCCGACGAACGCCGCAAGUUCCUGCAGUUCCUUACUGGAUCGCCGAAACUCCCAAUUGGAGGUUUCAAAUCCCUGAGUCCAGAUUUCACAGUUGUUCUCAAACACCCCGAGGACGGUCUGAAACCGGACAACUACCUGCCGAGCGUGAUGACGUGUGCCAAUUAUUUGAAGCUGCCCGACUACUCGUCCAAAAGCGUCAUGAAACAGCGCCUACAAACCGCAAUGACCGAGGGCGCGAAUUCAUUUUUACUUUCAUAA